UACGCAAUUUUUUUGAUCCCCUUCAUUUGCUUCUUCUUAUUCUCUCUCUUCUCCCUCAACCCUCUCCGAUCCUCUCAAUCGGAAAACCCUAUCGCCGCCUUUACCCUCCGAUUCCAGCAGCAACAGACCUCAUCUUCCAAUAUUAAACCGAUCAAAGUGCUUCUUAUCAUCUCCUCUUCAAAAGCCCUCGAUUAAUUUUCGAUUCUGUUAUGGAGGAGCAAUUCAUUCUCAGAGUUCCACCUAAUGUUGCGGAGCAGAUAGAGCGUCUUCUUAACGAAAGCAAUCCUUCUUCAUCAUCCGAAGACAAGUCGCUAGAUUUGCAAUUUACCGAAGAUGGAAGAAGCGGCGAGUUUGUUAUAGGGGAUGAGCACUUCCCAGCUUAUCUACUGGACCUUCCUUCUGUUGUUGAAUCAUACAAGACUUAUGACGAUAACUCUUUGGUUAAGACUGCCGAUAUUAGUCAGAUGAUUAUGGUGAGGGAAUCCGGUGAUGCUGCUCCAGAUGUAAUUGAGUGUAGACAUGGCCUCACCCCUCCCAUGAGAGAUGCCCGCAAGCGGAGAUUCCGCAGAGAGCCUGACCUUAAUCCGGAGCUUGUCUCUCGUGUUGAGAAAGAUCUUCUCAAAAUCAUUGCCGGAGGAACGGCUGAUAAUCUUGAUGUGGAAAUAGCUGAGCAGGAAGGGGAUGAGAAUGCUCGAGGUGCUAACAAAAAACCUGCAGCUACACCUGUAUCAAAACACGAUGUUCCAGAGAGUCAUACAAACGCCGGGGAUAAUGACAGGAGUGACUCUGAUGAAUCUGAUGAGUCAGUUUGAUUGAUACUAACUACCAAAGAGUAUUUAUCAUAUGAUUGCUAGUAACACCUUUAUUUUUACAUAAUCUUGAACCCCCUUUUUCAUUAGAUGAUUUUUUUAAAAGGUCAAUUUGGCUGUAUCACUUUUGAAACAAAAUAGGUUGACCUUUUAAAAAUGAAUCAAUCAUAAGGGGUGUAUCAAAAGGGCGUGUUGUUGGCAUUCACAUUGUAUAAUUAUGCGCCGUAAAUUUUGAAUCACAUCAUAGUCUUAAGAUGGAGCUGCAAUAGAUUUGGUAUCCGGCGCUGCAUUUUGUUACAUUAUUUGUUGUAUUAUACACCAUUUUUUUAUUGUGUAACUUAUCCAGCAUAUAUAUAUAUAUAUAUGAGUGAGAAUAAGGUUAACCUUGUGUUUUAA